CCGGGCCCGGGGCCUCCCCGCUCCCUGCCCCUCGCCUUCGACUCCUCUGCCGCGGCCGCCGCCUCCAGUGAGGAAGAUGCUAAGUUUUUUCAGACGAACGCUGGGGCGCCGGUCAAUGCGAAAGCAUGCUGAGAAGGAACGUCUGAGAGAAGCCCAGCGAGCUGCUACCCAUAUUCCUGCAGCUGGAGAUGCCAAGUCCAUUAUUACAUGUAGGGUGUCGUUGCUAGAUGGAACUGAUGUCAGUGUGGAUUUGCCGAAAAAAGCCAAAGGACAGGCGCUCUUUGACCAGAUCAUGUACCAUCUGGACCUGAUAGAAAGUGACUAUUUUGGACUGAGAUUUAUGGAUUCAGCACAAGUGGCACAUUGGUUGGACAGUACAAAAAGCAUCAAAAAACAAGUUAAAAUUGGUUCACCAUAUUGUCUGCACCUCCGUGUUAAGUUUUACUCCUCAGAACCAAACAAUCUUCGUGAAGAGCUGACAAGGUAUUUAUUUGUUCUUCAGUUAAAACAAGAUAUUCUCAGUGGAAAAUUGGAAUGUCCUUUUGACACAGCAGUCCAGUUGGCAGCUUAUACAUUGCAAGCUGAACUUGGUGACUAUGAUCUUGCUGAACAUGGCCCUGAGCUUGUGUCUGAAUUCAGAUUUGUGCCCAUUCAGACAGAAGAGAUGGAGCUAGCUAUUUUUGAGAAAUGGAAAGAAUACAGGGGUCAAACACCAGCACAGGCUGAGACCAACUAUCUGAACAAAGCCAAAUGGCUAGAAAUGUAUGGAGUGGAUAUGCAUGUAGUGAAGGCUCGAGAUGGAAAUGACUAUAGUCUAGGCCUCACCCCAACAGGAGUCCUUGUGUUUGAAGGCGAGACCAAAAUUGGAUUAUUCUUUUGGCCCAAGAUUACCAGAUUGGACUUCAAGAAGAACAAAUUAACUUUGGUAGUUGUGGAAGAUGAUGAACAGGGCAAAGAGCAGGAGCACACAUUUGUCUUUAGACUAGAGCACCCCAAAGCUUGCAAACAUUUAUGGAAAUGUGCUGUGGAACAUCACGCUUUCUUUCGUCUCAGAGGACCUGUUCAGAAGGGGUCUAGUCGAUCGGGAUUUAUUCGUUUAGGUUCACGGUUCAGAUACAGUGGGAAAACUGAGUACCAGACCACAAAAACCAAUAAAGCAAGAAGGUCAACAUCCUUUGAAAGACGACCCAGCAAACGGUAUUCCCGACGAACACUGCAGAUGAGAGCAAAUGCAGUGAAACCUGAAGAAUCCAGUGUCGAGAAGAAUAUUUCAACCCAGAAUAAUGGAUCCCAACAAGUUAGGGGUACGAGGUCAACUAUGCCUGUAAUCUCAUCCAUUCCUUCUGGUCCUGUUCUGGUGGAGAUAGAGAAUCUUUCGAGGAGUCCAGGAAUGAGUCACCAUGACAGGAAAUGGCUAUCUGAUGCCAGUGACCGCUGUCAACGUGGUGGAACCCAGUGGAGCAUGCCACCACCCCAGGCUGCUUGUAGAAACUACACUGACUUUGUCCAUGAACGCAAUGUGAAGAAUUCAGGAGUUCAUCGUGAUGUUGACUAUACUGUCCAUGCAGCCAUGACUGAAAUAUAAUUGGUGGUUAGCCUGAUUUAAGGCAUUGGGGCUGCUUUUGUGAUGCUAUCUGGUGGUAUUACUAAGAUGCCUUAAAUCAAACUGAGGAAAGUUGAGGGGAAGCCAGUUUUCAGUGCCAGAUUUCCCAUUGUGUGGUGCUUUUUUGUACUGAGCCCUUUUGAGAAAGGGAAUACAAAGUUAUAUGACACAAAUAAUAAUGCUAAGUGUUCUUGCAUUGAAGAGGGUAUGCAUAUUGUAAUUUUGAGGUUUCCUUAAUUUAACUAUGUUAGGUCUUUGUUGAUCAGUGGGUGCCUUAGCAGGUGUCUGUGUAUGUAUGUGUGUACACACACGUGUGUAUAUGUAUGCAAACACGUGUAUGCACAUACACAUAUUAUAUGGUCCAUUUACCUCAUAGUAUAAAGAUCAUGCAUUUCUUUUUAUUUGGGAGAAGAAAACAAAAAGCCUUAAAAUUUGGAAGGAAUGGCAUUUAUUUCAUCUGUGUACCUAAAGAUUUUUAUUUUAGUUGUUUAUAAUAUAUAUUUUGAAGGAAAGAAUGUGAUUUAAUUUAAAAAAAAUAAUGCUGCUUGUAGUUAGCUAUGUAGAAAUGUCUAAAAUAGGGUCUUAAUCUAUUCUUAACAAUAAUUUUGAUAAAAUAUUUCAGUUAGUGAAAUAAAUUUGCUGCUGAAUAAUCAUUUUAAACAAAGACUAAUUUUCUUUCUUGCUUUCUACCUUUUUGAGGGAUUGACAGAGUUUUCCUCAUCUUAGCACCAGAUUCAUACUCUGGUGUCAGAUCCAGCGUAAUGUACUCUGAUAGGUAUAGUGUAUAUCCCCUCUUAAACUUAAAAAAACAAAAAUUUUAAUGGAAACAGAUUGGACAUCAAUUCUGAUUCUUAGAAUUUGACUCAAUUGCUAGAAGCAAAUCAGUGGUGUAUGUGAUAGCUUUCUUUCUUCUGAACUUUUCAAGUUUUCUUCCAGUUUCUUUAAGAGGUACUCUGAAAUUAUAAUAUAUUUUCCUACUUAGCUUGGAGAAUCUCUGUUGUCAUUUUUUCUUCAGUUUAAGCAUGUACACUUUUUGGUGAUUACUUAGAAUCAGGUAGUCUGCCUCUUUUCAUAAUUAUCCUGUUAAUGGAUGCUAUUUGGUAAUCUAAAAUAAUGGUGUAAAACUCAAAUAGAAAUGGAUCUUUGCGGGCCAGGCCACAUAUUUACUUACAAAACCAAAUUAACAUCGCAGUUAACAUCUGUGUUGUAUUGUAUUUUAAUUUCAUUUUGUUAAAUAUUACCCAAUUACUUUUUAAUCUAGUUUAGGCCAUACUAGGACAGAGUUUGACAUUUCUCAUUUAAAACAACAGAUAGUUUAGGAUAUUUUUCUAUUAGAUUUUUGAAUGUAUCGUGUUCUGAGAACUCAUAAUACUUCAAACUAAUGAAAUAACAAUAAAAUUAAAUUCAGGAGGAGAUGGAAACCCAUGCUGCUUAUAUAUCCUAAGAAAAACUGCUACUUAAAAUUUAUCCUUAAAAAAAAUUUAAAAAAAAAUUUAUCCUUUAGGGUCAAGACAGAGUGUUACAAAGUUUCCAUUUUGAGCUUAUGGAUGCAAGCAAAGAGUAAAUAUAAUGUAUUAUGUCAACAAAGGGCGUAAUUAAAUAGAACUAAGGAUAAUUAGAAAGUAUUUGUCAUUGGUAACACUGGUGAAAAAUCAGUUUAUUAUCUUAAAGUUGGAGACAGCUCCAAGGUGUUUUUUCAUGAAAUUUAUCUAAAACAAAAGCCUAUGUCAAAACCAUCUAUCCAGGCAUUGUCUUUGUUUCUGUGGACCCUCAUCAAUAUGUUUUUUGAGAUGCUGCUUGUUUUAUUUCUCAGGGACACUAUAAAUAGAGUAUAAUGUAUACACAGUUAAUAUACCUUUUCCUUAAAAGUAGGAAACUUUUAUAAGUGACUUUUAAAUGGAAUAGUUUUGGGGUUUUUUUGUUUUUGUUUUUUGGAUGCUCUUCCAACUAAUGUGAUCAACAAGGGACUAACUGGGUUGUCAGAAACCGAAGCUACUUGAUACAUUAAAACGUCUGCCUAUAAAACAUUGUAACGUCCGCAGUUGAACCAAGUAUAACGGGCUUCCUAACUCCAGGCUUGUUUUGUAUCAGGAGAAUAAAUCAAAUAUGAGUUCCUGCAAACAAUUGUUUAGUUGUGAUCAAAUUAACCACUUAUAAAACACUGCUAUUUUCAGUGAAGCCUGGAAUGGGAUUAAAUUUGCAUUGAUUUAAUGAAUUUGUUCAGCAGGAUCAUUAAUCUUAAUAUCCUUGUGAAUUGAGUUAGUAAUGUACCAUUCCCACUUUAUAGAUAGUAAGUUUUAGAGAAUACAGUGAUUCAGUGACUUGCCAGCUGUCACAUAUUAAACAGACGUCAGGGGCUUUCUAACUAACUGUUGAUUACAAUUAUUUCAAUUGUGUAUCAUCAUAAAAUGUUUUAAGACUUUCUCCCCACACCUACUUUUGCUGAUAUUUAAUAGAUUACUCACAAUAUUAUAAUGUGAUGACUUUACAAAGAAAAGUGGAAUUUUAUUCAUUUAUCCUUUAUUUAAAAAAAAAAGUUUCCUAUUAGAGGCAGCAAAGUGCCUCAGUGGGACUGGACCUGGAGUCAGGAAGAGCCGAGU